AGGAGGAGCGACGGCUACAAUGGAUCCUCCUGCGCGCUUUGUGCGCGCUCUCCCGGAAUCCAGCUGUCGCCGCCCCACUUGAGGGCGCACAUUUCCGGGCUGCCCACCAGCCGGGUCGCUUCGGUAGCCGCUGCCCCGGCAGAGCCUAGAGCUGCUCCCGCCCGAUCCGUGGCCGUCCGGCCCCAGUCGCCCCGCGAAAUGCCAGUCGACUUCACCGGGUACUGGAAGAUGCUGGCCAACGAGAAUUUCGAGGAGUACCUGCGCGCCCUCGAUGUCAAUGUGGCCUUGCGCAAAAUCGCCAACUUGCUGAAGCCAGACAAAGAGAUCGUACAGGAUGGUGACCACAUGAUCAUCCGGACGCUGAGCACUUUUAGGAACUACAUCAUGGACUUCCAGGUUGGGAAGGAGUUUGAGGAGGAUCUGACGGGCAUAGAUGACCGCAAGUGCAUGACCACGGUGAGCUGGGACGGGGACAAGCUCGAGUGUGUGCAGAAGGGUGAGAAGGAGGGACGAGGCUGGACCCAGUGGAUUGAGGGUGACGAGCUGCACCUGGAGAUGAGAGUGCAGGGUGUGGUCUGCAAGCAAGUGUUCAAGAAGGUGCACUGAAGCCUGGGUCGGGCUUGGUCUAGAGGAAUGAGUGGCACGGACGUGUGGGCCAGGAUCCCACUCUUUGCACAGCAUGGGGCAGAAACGUCCAGCCACCUCCAGGUAUCUGUUAGCAUUCUGUCUCUUGGCUUUAUCUCUUUUCCCUUUCUUAAAACAAAACCAACCCAAUAAAAGUGAUCUCUACUCAA